UCUCCCUGCCCUCCCCGAUUGUGCAAUCGCGAGCGGGGCCGGCGGCACCGCCCGGAGCCGGCACCGGGGGGAGGAGGCGGCCGCGCUGGGGAUGCGGCAGCCGCCGGGCACCGCCGGGCCCCGGACCCCAUGGGAUGCGCCCGCCGUCGCCUGGCUGGUGUAGGAGUGUGGCACAGCUGGCCAUGAUGUUAUGGUUGGUGGCCGGGGCCCUGCUGCCAGCGCUGCUCGUGGCCGCCCCGCCGCCCAUCAACAAGCUCGCCCUCUUCCCCGACAAGAGCGCCUGGUGCGAGGCCAAGAACAUCACCCAGAUCGUGGGGCACAGCGGCUGCGAGUCCAAAUCCAUCCAGAACAGGGCCUGUCUGGGACAGUGUUUCAGCUACAGCGUGCCCAACACCUUCCCCCAGUCCACAGAGUCCCUGGUCCACUGCGACUCCUGCAUGCCAGCCCAGUCCAUGUGGGAAAUCGUGACACUGGACUGCCCGGGCAACGAGGAGAUCCCCAGGGUGGACAAGCUGGUGGAGAAGAUCCUGCACUGCAGCUGCCAGGCCUGUGGCAAGGAGCCGAGCCACGAGGGAGCCCUGUUCAACGUGUACCUGAACGCCGAGGAGAGCCUGCCCCACCAGGGGCCCGCGCCCCACCACUACCCCCACCACCCCCAGGAGCUGGAGGAGCCCCCGGCCUCCAGCCACCACCACCACGAGGAGGAGGGCGAGGAGUGACCCUGCCCAUGAGGACUGUCCUGGCAGGGCCGUGCCAGGGCUCUGGGGAGGGAGGGGGGGGCUGGAGCCUUUCCUGUCCAUUCGCUGCCCCCUCCUCGCCCCCCACACCCCGGAGCGUUCUGAGGCAGGGCUGAGGCUGGGGCUGCAGGCUGAGGGCUCGGCCUCUCCUGAUGCAAAACUACUUGCACAUAAUAAUAAUAAUAUAUUGAGAGGAGUGGCACGAGGGGCUCUGGCUGAGAGCAGGGGCUGGGCCGGGCUCUCUGCAGGCUCCCAGCCCUGGGGGAGCCCUCUGAGCCCUGCUGGGUGUCCUCAUGCCCAGUGUGGAGGAAGAAGGGCAGCAGCCUCUCCAGAGUCCCACGAGGGAUCCACGUCUCUCCUGGGGUGGGAUCAGCAGCACAGACCCCUUCUGCCUCCUCUCUCCCUGCCUGCCCACAAGGGCUCAGCGUGGACAUGCUCCUGGCACCACUGGACCUCAGUCCAGCCCCAAGCCUUUGUCCCCUCUUGGGGAGGGUUUUGCCCCAGGAUGUGCCUCUGGGCUGGAUGUGAGG